AUGGCGACUCCAUUGAAAAAGUCAGAUCCGACAAAAAAAGACGAAACGGUAACUGAAGAGAACAAUGCUGAUUCGAUUGAUUUUGCAAACGGCGAGAUUAUUCAGAGCUCAGAUGCCCUGCAACGCCAUCUCAGCAGUCGCCAGAUCCAACUCAUUGCUAUAGGAGGUUCCAUAGGAGCGGCCUUGUUUGUUAGCAUUGGCUAUGGCCUGAUGCAAGGAGCCGGUAGUCUCCUUAUAGCAUUUUCCAUCUACUCAUGUAUUCUGGCCCUUGUGAACAACUCAAUGGCUGAAAUGUGUAUCUUUAUGCCUGUGAGCGCUUCCUUUGUGCAGCAUGGCAGUGUCUGGGUUGACAGUGCAUGGGGUUUUAUGGCCGGAUGGAAUUUCUUCCUCUUUGAAGCAUUGCUCGUGCCAUUUGAAAUCACGGCUUUGGAUUUGAUCUUGACUUUCUGGCGAGAUGAUAUCCCGGCCGCCGCUGUCAUCUCUGCAUGCAUCUUCUUUUAUGCAAUCACCAAUGUGCUCGCAAUCAAUUAUUUUGGCGAAGCCGAAUUCUGGCUGGCGGGAGGAAAGCUUUUGCUCAUCAUCAUUUUGUUUCUCUUCACUUUUAUCACCAUGGUUGGAGGGAAUCCACAGCGUCAUGCAUAUGGAUUUCGAAAUUGGUCGAAACCAAGUCCAUUUGUCGAGUACUUGGCUACAGGAGACCUCGGUCGCUUUGAAGGAUUUCUGGCUGCGUUGUGGCAGGCCUGUUUCACCAUUGUGGGGCCCGAGUAUCUGGCCACUGUUGCAGGUGAAGCACAACAGCCGCGAAAGACAUUGAAAAAGGCAUUCAAAUCUGUCUACUGGCGGUUUGGUGUCUUCUUCAUUGGAGUCGCGCUCUGCGUCGGCAUUGUUCUCCCAGCGAAUGACCCAACUCUGAGUUCAGUGUUGAGCGGCGGUAAGGGCAGUGGCACCGGCGGCGCAUCACCAUUUGUAAUUGCCAUGGUCAAUAUGAAGAUUGAAGUUUUGCCGCAUAUCGUCAACGCUCUCCUGUGUACCAGCACCUACUCGGCGGGAAAUGCCUAUGUAUACUGCGCGACGCGGAGUCUUUAUAGCCUUGCUCAAACCGGACAAGCUCCCAAAUUUCUUCGAAAAACGUCCAAGAACGGCAUCCCGAUAUACUGCUUGGCUAUUGUGUUGGGAUUUGCCUGUCUGGCUUAUUUGAAACUCAGCAGUGGCUCUGUAAAGGUUCUGACAAUGCUCACCGAUCUGGUAACUGGCGGCGAGCUGGUGACUUAUAUUGUCAUGUGUGUCAACUACCUCUUCUUCUAUCGGGCACUGAAAGCACAAGGUUUCGACCGCCGUGAAUUGCCGUACCGGGGAUAUUUCCAACCUUACGGGACCUGGAUAGCUGUGAUUUUCCUUGCUCUUGUAGAAAUUUUCUACGGAUACUCGGUCUUUUUCAAAGGACACUGGGAUAUUGGCACCUUUUUCAGCUACUAUACGAUGGUUUUCCUUGCAAUCUGCACUUUCAGCUGUUGGAAGAUUAUCAAACGGACUCGAUUUGUCAGUCCAGAUAAGGCAGAUCUGGUUUGGGAACGCCCGGUCAUUGACAGAUACGAGGCCAUGAUGCUGCACGAUGACGUGGGAAUGCGGAGAAAGUUUAUGCAGAAGUUGGGGUUGUAUUCACAACGUAUUCGUUGGUCACGGAGCUCGCAGGCGUAA